AUGGAGUCAGCACAUUCUCUCUACAAGGAUGACAUCGAUUUCGAGGCACUCGCCCUACAGUCGCCUGAUUUUGCCAAAUUGCUGAAACCAAAUAAUCAAGUGGACUUCAAUGACCCAGCUACUGUUCGACAAUUGACCAUCAGCUUGCUGAAGCGUGAUUUUGGCCUCGAGGUCAAACUUCCCAGGGAUCGAUUGUGUCCCCCUGUGCCCAACAGACUCAACUACAUUCUCUGGGUGCAAGGCCUCCUCGACUCCACAGAAGGAACAGUUCAAAGAGGAUACAACCCGGACCGGGAAGUAUUAGGCCUAGACAUCGGAACAGGGUGCUGCAGCAUUUAUCCAUUACUGGGCUGCAGAACUCGACCGCAGUGGAAAUUUGUAGCAACCGAUAUUGACGAAAGCAACAUCAGGACGGCCAAAGAGAACAUUCAACGAAAUGGGCUCGAGUCACGGAUUCAAAUUAUAAAAACUGAUCCCAAUGGCUCGUUCUUUUCACUUGAAACGCUGGGCCAUGACAGCCUGGACUUCACCAUGUGCAAUCCACCGUUUUACACCUCACACGAGGAAAUGGCCGCAUCCGCCGAGGCAAAAUCGCAAGCUCCCUCUUCAACAUGCACUGGAGCUGAUGUGGAGAUGAUCACUUCCGGGGGAGAGGUUGAAUUUGUUACCCGCAUGAUUGACGAGAGUCUACAAUUGCGGGAUCGGAUAAACUGGUAUACGGCUAUGCUAGGUAAGCUGAGUAGUGUGACUACGAUCGUUGAGAACUUGAUGAAAUGUGAAAACCACAACUAUGCCGUGACCGAGUUUGUGCAGGGCAACAAAACAAAGCGCUGGGCCGUUGCCUGGUCGUGGGGGAAUAUGCGGCCUGCAAUGAGCAUCGCAAGAGGAAUCCCGGGCUUCCCAAAGCACCUAUUGCCUUUCCCCGCUGACUAUACUUUCGUGCUUUCUUCCAAAAACCCAAUCGAUGCGGCCAUUGCCGCUAUGGACACCGAGCUAAGCUCCUUGUCCUGGUACUGGACAUGGGACCAAUCCCGUAGCGCUGGCGUUGGAUUCGCACCUGAGAAUGUCUGGUCUCGCCAGGCACGUCGCAAGUUCAAGCUUGCUGGGCAAGGUGGUGCGCCAGUCAGAUUGGCGGCUAUCCCGGUGAAAGUGGAGUUGGGGGUUCGAGUUCAGUUGAAGCUGGUUCGAGAACAGAACUCUGAAACACAUCAAGUCCAAGUUUUGAUUAGCUGGACCCGAGGAACGGACAGCGUGUUAUUCGAGAGCUUCUGCGGGAUGCUCAAGAGGAAAUUGGAGAUAUAG